CACGGAGCCAGCUCUUUCACGAUUCGGUUCCCAACGUUCACCAAAAAGAUCCAUUCAUAAAGAGCCGUUCGUUCGCGAAUAAUCUAUCACCAGGAAGAAAAUUAAUAUGGCAGCAGGUAGCUCCUGCACGAUAGUGGAAUAUUUCGGGGGAGAUGACGGCUACCGUUGUGGUUAUUGUAAAAAUGAGAAGGGGAACUUCUCUCAUGGGAUGUGGUCCCACGCCAUGACAGUGCAAGACUACCAGGAUCUCAUAGACAGAGGAUGGAGACGAAGCGGGAAGUAUGUUUACAAGCCCAUCAUGAACAAGACCUGCUGUCCACAGUACACCAUCAGGUGUCAUGCCUUGAACUUUCAGCCAUCUAAAACCCACAAGAAGAUCCUGAAGAAGAUGAGCAAGUUUCUGUCUAAAGGGGAGAUGCCAACGGAACAGGGCGACGGGGAGCCCAUGGACUCGCUGUGUGAGGAGGGAGGACUGCACGGCCCUGCUAAAGUCUGUCACUCUGAGGUGGCGAGUCCUGUGGUCACUGCCAUUCUGACUGAGGCGGGAGACACCACACCAGCCGAGUUUGAAACCGCUAGAAAAGACACAGUGUCUGUUCCAGACGUAAGAGGACCAGAAACAACCCCCAAACCGGGGGUAGGAGCGGACCCCGGUAGGCCGUUGUGUAGGAAAGCCAAGGAACUGAGGAAGGCACGCCGGCUGCAGAAGGAGCAGAAGAGACAGGUUGGGGGUGGAGUCCCGACCUCUGUGACCUCUAACCCCGCCACCCCCAUCCAGCUCAACCAACCCAAAGCCCUGGAGGAGUUCAUCAACGAAUCUCUGCCCGAUAGUCCUCUGCACCGCCUCGAGGUGAGGCUAGUGCGCUCCAACCCCCCCAGUUCACAGUUCAAAGCCUCUUUCGACGCCUCCUACCAGGUGUACAAACUCUACCAGAUGGCCAUUCACCACGACCCUCCAGACAAGCCCACCGAGAGCCAGGUGAGGCUAGUGCCCGUCAAUGAUGAUGAUCCUCAGUUCAUGGCGACCUAUGAGCAGUCGGCAGCGCUGUACGCACGCUACCAGAUGGCCGUUCACGGCGACACCCCUUCCGAGUGUAACGAGAGUGAGUUCAGAAGAUUUCUCUGUGACUCACCACUUGAGAUGGAGACGUCUCCGGAUGGUCCAGCGGCGGGCUACGGUUCCUUCCACCAACAGUACUGGCUGGACGGCCGCAUCGUGGCAGUGGGAGUAGUGGACGUCCUGCCCACCUGCGUGUCCUCUGUCUACCUGUACUACCACCCUGACUUUGCCUCUCUGUCGCUGGGCUCCUACUCUGCACUCAGGGAGGUUGCCUUCACCAGGCAGCUGCAGAAACAGUCGCCCAAGCUGUGCUUCUACUACCUGGGCUUCUACAUCCACUCCUGCAACAAGAUGCGAUACAAGGGGCAGUACCAGCCUUCAGACCUCCUGUGCCCAGAGACAUAUGUCUUUGUGCCUAUAGAACGCUGCAUCCCCAGCCUGGAGCAGACCCACUACGCACGCUUCAACCAGGACCCCGACGCAGGUGAUACACACGUACUGAAGGACCUGGGUCGUGCUCUGGUGCUGUACAGACGGACAGUCAUGCCCUACGCCGCCUACGCCCGCAAACGCAAGGGCUCCAACGACGAGAUGGAGGUGGCGCAGUACGCUGGCCUGGUGGGCCAGGUCUGCGCUGAGAGGAUCCUGCUAUACCGGGCGUAACCCACUGGGGCCGCCACCGCCACCCUGCACCUUGAUCCACUCAUGUCUCUCUCUGUCCCGCUGUCUUUGUAAGUGCUUUCCGCUGCUUCACUCUACAAUAGCCUCACCAAGUUUAGCUCUACUACACAUAGGCCGAACCAACACAUUCAAGUAUGUACCUGCAUUCAGAAAGAAUUCACACCCCUUCACUUUUUUCACAUUUUGUUGUGUUACAGCCUGAAUUUUAAAUGGAUUAUAUUGACAUUGUGUCACUGGCCUACACAUAAUACCCCAGAAUGUAAUUAUGUUUUUAGAAAUGUUUACAAAUUAAUAAAAAAUGAAAAGCUGAAAUGUCUUGAGUAUUCAACCCCUUUGUUAUGGCAAGCCUAAAUAAGUUUAGAAGUAGAAAUGUGCAUAACAAGUCACAUACUAAUAUGCAUGGACUCUGUGUGCAAUAAUGUGUUUAACACUAGAACCGCUGGGCCUGGAGGGACCAAUUUUCAAGCUAAUGAGCAGUCAUUCUGACUGCAACAUUCUAACAGUAUAAUUAAUACAUUUCAUAUACAGUAUGCUAUCGCAAAAAUAAUAAUUUUGGUUGCGUUUAUGAAGGCUUUGGGUAAAAAAAAAUCUAACACAAUAGCAUUUUGAUUAGUUUGUUACUGUAGGCCAGUCAAGAUCACUUUCGCAGUCAAAAAGCAAGCGGAGAUCUACAGCUCAGAAUUUUCUUAAAACAUGACUUAAAACAUGAACCUAAUAAAAACAGUUGUGUAGGAAUGAAGUCUGUGCAGUAGACCUAGUACAUUAUCACAGCAUAUUGGCUAUAUGCCUGGCCUGCCAAUAUUGUUCUUCUUAGACCAUAUUAUAUUUCAAAACUCAAGCUUUGAUAACAAAAUAAAUCAGUUGGUGUAGCAAGGCACAUCUGAGCAUGAAUUUAAAUAUAUUUUUCAAAUAAUUUGCUUUUUUAUUGUACCAAAAGUAUUGUGGACACCUGCUCGUCGACCAUCUCAUUCCAAAAUAAUGGGGA